AUGGAAGUGGAUGGAAGACAGUAUCUAAUUACUGUUGACUAUUACUCUAAUUUUAUUGAGUAUGAUUAUCUUUCAACAACAACAUCACAAGAUUUGAUUAGAAAAUUGAAAGGACAAUUUGCUCGUUUCGGUGCUCCAAAAAUGUUAAUAACAGAUGGCGGUCCACAAUUUAGUUCAAAUGAGUUUUUGAGAUUCACAAGACGAUGGAACAUCAAUCACAUCAGAUCAGAUCCUGGUUAUCCGAGAACAAAUGGCAAGGCUGAAGCUGCUGUAAAGAUAAUGAAGAAUUUAAUACUGAAAACUAAACAUAAUGGUGAUGAUCCAUAUGAAGCUUUACUGGAACUCAGAAAUACACCUCGGCAAUGUACUGGAUUUAGCCCUGCUGAAAUGUGCCUCAAAAGAAGUCCUCGGACAUUGAUUCCCAGCACUUCAAAGUGUUUAAGUGAACAUGUUGUAGCUGACAAGAAAGAGAAUUACAAACGACAAGUAAAAAGACAAUAUGAUAAGCAAGCUCGGGAUUUACCAAAACUCCAUCUAGGGCAAACUAUUUAUUACCAAAACCCAGGUCAAACAGGAUGGUAUCCGGGAAUAAUCACGGAACAACUAUCUCGAAGAUCUUACAAGAUCAAGGGAGAUAAUGGAGGAUUCUACAUACGCAACAGAUAUCAUAUUAGGCCAAGGAAAACGAUUUUGAAAGACACUGAUGUCUAUGAUGGGAAUGUCUUGGAUGAUGAUGAUGAUAAGGAGAGGCCAGAUUUUUUCUGA